AUAAUAAAGUAAUGAGUCACUUUUUAAUACCUUUAACUGAUCUUAUGGUAGCUGCUAAUGGCUUUGAUGUAUUUAUAAUUGGUGGCAGUACUUAUGGUGGUUAUUUAAAAAGAUAUCACACAUUCCUAAAAGAGAAAUGGUUUUCAGAUUUAGUGACAAAAGUUCGUGAAUCAUAUCCGAUAUCAGAGAUAACACCAAAGGAACUUCACGAUAUGAUUUCUAAAGCACCUAAACCAAUAAUUCUUGAUGUACGUGAGAAAGAUGAACAAUCAAAUGGAAUUAUACCAACAGCAAUUCCAUUAUCACGAGGGGUACUAGAGAGAGAUGUUGAAAGAAAAGUUAUUAGCAUGGAUGAAGUUAAUGUAGAUAACGGAAGAAAUAUUAUUGUUUAUUGUGCAGGAGGUCUUAGAAGUAUUUUAGCAGCAGAAAGUUUAAUUCGCUUGGGAUACAAGAAAGAAAGCGUCAAAAGUUUGACUGGAGGUUAUGGUGAAUGGAAAAAAGGUGGUUUUGAAGUUGUUGAUGUUGAUGGUUCACAAAAAUCAUAA